AUGAUGCAAACCUCUACAAUGAUGGACGCCGAUCUGUCUAUGUUAUCCUCUUUGAGAGAGGAGUUUAAACCUGAGGACUAUGUUCAGCCACAUUAUCGGGAGUCCUAUCGCUUGGCUAUUGACGCUCUGAUCAGUGAGGGCAAAGAUGGAUAUCAGAAAUUCAUUAAAGACGAGAAAGUUGGGAACUUUCUUUCAGAGGAGGAAAUCCUCUUCAUCACAACGAAUGUGGAAAAGCCGCAAGUCAGCAGCCACUCAGAGGAGGUUAAUGGUUCUACAGAUGACAAGUCAUCCACUGGGACUUACUGGCCAAUGCACUCAGACAUUGAAACACCAGACUUGGAUUUAGGAUGGCCAGAAAUCAUUCUCAACAGAGCACCAACAAAUGUAGAUCUGCUCUUCCAUCCCCCAAGACAAAACAGCCCUACAAUCAAAGAGGUGAUCCGAAAACACAUACAGGAGGCAAGACAGGUGAUCGCAAUUGCGAUGGAUGUGUUCACCGAUCUGGACGUUUUCAAAGAGGUUGUCGAUGCAUCCAUCCGAGGUGUUCCUGUUUACAUCCUUCUGGAUCGCAGUCACUUCAAAAGCUUUCUUGCAAUGGCUGAAAAUCAAGAUGUCCAAAUACAAAAACUGAGGAACAUGAGGGUGCGCACAGUGAAGGGCCAAGACUAUCUCUCUCGAUCAGGUGCAAAGUUUCAUGGAGCAAUGGAGCAGAAAUUUCUUUUGGUUGAUUGCUGUACAGUGUUUUUUGGGUCAUACAGCUUCAUGUGGUCGUAUGAAAAAAUCCACCUCAGUAUGGUUCAAGUCAUCACUGGUAAGCUGGUGGAAUCCUAUGAUGAGGAGUUCCGCACAAUUUACGCCCGCUCUACUGUUCCAGCUGAGCUUUCACCUCUUGAGACUGUGGCAGACAAGUGGUUGAAUGGUAAAAUCGAUAGGUAUGCCCCUCUCUGUGGCAAACCCUUUGAGAGGAGAGAUCAUUUGAGGCACACUCUCAACUUAGUGUACCAACAAACGUGUGAGAGACAAUCUGGCUUCAAGAUCCCCAGGGGGGAACCUGAUGACAGAUUCCACGAGUAUGGACAAAUGAAUCAAAUACCUGUGAUUAACCAUAACAGGAUUCAUCAAAUGCAUGUCUCGGAGGCCACAGAUUUCUAUAAACGUCACAGUUAUGCAGGGGAGAGACCAGAGCCCUCAUACGUUUACCAGCCCUCCAAGUUUGCCUCCAGCCACUGGAAUGUGGCUGGAGAUGCCAGCCAUUAUGGAGCCCUGGGGAGCAACCAUUUUCACGGCACAGUGGAGAACCAGUAUGAAACUGGAAGGAUGGGUCCACUAUUUAGAGGCUCCAACAUGCGUGGGUCUUAUCAUGGCUGUGAUAAACAAGCUCUUGCUAUGCAGCAAAACCUGCCAAGUUUUGCAAAUACUUCUAAAUCUUUCCUUCGCACAUGGAGGAUAGAGUCUUAUCUAAACAACAACGAUCCUGUUGCUGCUGAUUCUGUAGAUCAUCUGGAUCAAUAUGAAAUUCUGGAGAACAAGCCUGGUCCUCACAUGCACUCUCGUCUCAGGUCGUCUCUGGUUUUCAAAUCCACCAUUCCUGAACAUCCAGAAUCAAAUAGUUAUACAACUAACUCCUCAUCCUCCACGUUGCGGGAAGAACCAACAGGGAUGCAAUCCAAUGCACAGUUUUACCAUUCGGCACAGUGGAAUCAACCUCAGUAUGUGAAUAAUCACAUCCAACAUGAUGAGUUUGUGCUGAAGCGAAGGAGUCUGCAGAUUUUAGAUUAUUCAGGGCAGAACAUGGAUCACAGCUCUGGGAGAGAUGCCUUUUAUGCCAGCCUUGGCAGAGCUAAAGGACGUCUACUGGUCAAGGACCAUGAGUCCAUGCAAGAGAAGUACAAAAGGCAUAGUGUAGCAGAUCCAAAGUCAAACAUAUAUUAUGAUGAAAACAAGCAAUCUUCUCAAAUGUAUGGAUCAUCGGUAAGGCAAGAGAUGAACAAAAGUGCAAUAAAAGAGGUCUCAAGGAGUGGUGGGUAUGUUUCAAAUCUCAAGAAGGAUCAGAGAUCCAUCUCCCAUUAUGACUUCAAUAAAACAGACACGAAAGGAACUACAGGAACAAUGUGGCAAGAACCACCAUCCAGAACUGUGUCUGCAACAAAUGUUCCUGACCACAAAGAAGAAUCGGCAAAAUCCAAUGGGAUGUCAUCACCACGGUUCUUCAAAAGCAGCUCCAAGAAAAUAAAAUCCCUUUUGAACAUUCCAGACAAGAGAGAGGCUUCACCCAAAAUGAAAAACAGAUUGAAACUCACAGUGGGCAAUAAUUAUGAUAACAUUCUCACUGAUGAUGAGGAACAAAAAGGUAAAGUCGAGAAGAAACAACGUGGAAGCACCAGUGGUUCUGUGAAAUCGAUUGACAGUAGCAAACAGAGAAGAGAUAAUGGCAGAAGCCAAGAUCUCUCUGCUGAUCUACCUGGUGAGGCAUCUGCCCCACGUUUCAGCACUGAUGAAUUACAUCGUGGCAGUGGAGACACCACAAAAAGUCAAAGACAACCCUCUACUGGUGCUCAGAAAGAGAGUCACAAACCUGUGCAGAGUUCCUGGCAAAGAGACCGAAGCGGACUGAACCGACCUUACAGCAGGUUUGAGCCACUCUGCCAAUUUGAAAAUAAGCAUCUGUCUUCAGGUCAAUCUAGUGCAGUGCCCACAAACAGCCAGUCGAUAGAGAGACACAAAAACUUUUCAAAAGCUGCUUCUAGGAGUGAAACUCACGGUCACAUUGGCCAACAGUCCCAAGGUGCUCAUGACAAUAAAUUUGGACGGUUCAUACAACGUGUUGGAAAUUUAAUACACAAAAAUAAGUAG